AGUAUAUGUUUUUAACAAUAAUAUCCUUUUUUUAUGAAAAAGUCAUUGACCUUGGACACAAAGAAAACAUUCUAUGGUCGAUGCUGCUGCUUUCAUAUUAGAUGUAAAACAUAACAAGUCUUAUUUAUACACAUAUUCUUUCAUUGAGCCUUCUCUUGCUGUUAAUUUCUGCACGACGUGAAAGCGAAGAAAAAUGAAGAAUUCUAAGAAAACUUGCGCGCGGAAGUACCACAAAUCGGAAAAUCCACGCUUGCGGUGGACACCUGAACUCCAUGAAUACUUUGUUGAAGUUGUGGAAGGUCUUGGCGGAAAAAACAAGGCAACCCCAAAGAGCAUUCUGCAUAUGAUGCAUGUGAAAGGACUGAGGAUCUCUCACAUUAAAAGCCAUCUUCAGAUGUACAGGAACAUGAAGGGAGGUACGAUUCUCACAUCAAUGCAACAGGAAAUGGAAGAAAAUGUGCAUGUUAAGGAUCAUCACCCAAUCUGCUCCAACUGUUCAUCCCAAAGCAUAAUCUUCAGAUCACAAGGAACAAAAUUUAAAUUAAAGGCAUCAAAAUAUGAUACGGGGAUUGUCAAUCAAGAAAUUCACCCGCUAGAAAAUAAAGGACUUUCGCAGACCAGUGAAACUGAUUAUGAUCUAAAUCAGGAACCCGAGUCAAGUGCAUGCUUAUUUAGUGAAUCGUCAAAUGAAGAAAAGAGUAGGACAAUGAAAUUUCUUGAUCUCUCACUCUCUUUCGGCUCUUCACCAAUUCCAACAAUGGACGGUGAUCAAGAGAGAAUGCGUUUUUCUUCACCAAAUACAGCAGAUAAUCAUGUUAUCGAUUCUAAUUCUGUACAAUCUCAUGGGAGCAAUUAUAUAAAUUUAGACCUAACAAUAUGAAUAUGUAUCAUUUCUGUAACCACGUACGCAAUAUUUAUCAUAGAUUUAGGGUUUUGGCAAAGAUUUAUAAAAUUAAAGCUUUAAUGAAUUAUUCUAUAAUCUCUAA